AUGGCCUCCACUUCUGGUUUUCUUUCUUUGCUGAUUUCCCUUUCUCUAGUGUUCGUGGUCGUCAGUCCCUCUGCGGCGGCGCAUCAAUAUCAUCACCACAAAGGAUCAAGGAGUGUUGAUUUGAGGAGAAUAUGCGAUGGCACGAUAAAUCCUCGUAACUGUUUGGAGGAUUUGAGACCCCAUUAUGGUUCUGGAACCAUUGAUGAUUCUCACCAUAUUAUCGAGAAAUCAAUUAAGUCAGCUCUUAAGACCGGUAAAGAGAUUCAACACUUGCUGAGAGGCCUGGUUAAAAGCACAGAUGAUUAUCAACAAAGAAAAGUUUACAGGAAAUGUUCUGGAAGAUAUAAGAAAGCCAUACGUGACCUUGAACACGCGAAGAAGUACUUGCAUUCGGGUGACUAUCACCGUGUAGCUGAAGAAGCAAACCGCGCUUUGCAGGAAGCCAGGGAAUGCAAAGACCGUGGCCAGUUUCCAUUUGGGAAUNGACAAUAUGACCACUCUCUCAAUCUUCCCUCUGCGGCGGCGCAUCAAUAUCAUCACCACAAAGGAUCAAGGAGUGUUGAUUUGAGGAGAAUAUGCGAUGGCACGAUAAAUCCUCGUAACUGUUUGGAGGAUUUGAGACCCCAUUAUGGUUCUGGAACCAUUGAUGAUUCUCACCAUAUUAUCGAGAAAUCAAUUAAGUCAGCUCUUAAGACCGGUAAAGAGAUUCAACACUUGCUGAGAGGCCUGGUUAAAAGCACAGAUGAUUAUCAACAAAGAAAAGUUUACAGGAAAUGUUCUGGAAGAUAUAAGAAAGCCAUACGUGACCUUGAACACGCGAAGAAGUACUUGCAUUCGGGUGACUAUCACCGUGUAGCUGAAGAAGCAAACCGCGCUUUGGAGGAAGCCAGGGAAUGCAAAGACCGUGGCCAGUUUCCAUUUGGGAAUAACGGUCACUUUCCAUUUUGGAACAAUGGUGGCUUCCCAGGAUAUUUAAUCGAUUCAUCCAAACUCUCAGAAAAGAUUCAGGAAUUUGAAUUCCGUUGUAGCAUUGUGAGCAAUGCUGCAAAUGGUUUGCCCAUAGGCUAUUAG